AUGAAGCUGAAAAUUAAAAGUAUCAGUCACCUCGUGUUAUAUUCACUACCGGCCCUCAUAGUUAUCUAUUCGUCAUCUGUAAAAGCAAGCUUGCGCUUCGCUUCGCUGGGAAAUUGGGGAACGGGAAGUAAAACACAAAAAUUGGUGGCAGAAAAACUAAAAGAGUACGUAAAAAACGAAAGACUUACAUACCUGCUCUCACCAGGCUUCAACUUCAAUAACGGAGUCAACGGACUUAACGAUGAAAAAUGGAAAAAAUACUUCGAAUCGGUUUAUAAUGAUGAUUCUGGGCUCAUGGACCUGCCAAUGUUCACAGUUUUGGGUUCAGAAGACUGGUUAGGAGACUAUAAUGCCCAGUACAACCGAUACCACCAGUUUUACCUAAACGGCCAUGUGCCACAGGAUCUUUCGAGUGUAGACUACAAAAGUGACUCAAACAACUCGAGCCACAAUCCUAGGCUAAUCAUGCCAAACUGGUGGUAUCAUUUUUUUACAAGCUUCUCAACAAACGCCUGUACGUCCAACUCGGUGUCAUUGUUGAAGAGUGGACACAAGGACUUGAGUGUAGGAUUUAUAUUUGUAGAUACAUGGGUGUUGUCUAACCAGUUCCCCUAUAAGGACGUGACAAACGACGCGUGGAACGAGCUCAAAAAGACGCUGGAAAUUGCCCCGAAAGUAGUUGAUUAUAUUGUAGUAGUGGGAGAUAAGCCAGUGCUCUCAUCCGGAAAAUCAAAGGGAGACACCUUCCUCUCUUACAAGCUGUUACCUCUUUUGAAGCAGGCCCAAGUUGAUGCAUAUGUGGCUGGAUACGACCAGGAUAUGGAACUUUUGGACUAUGAAGGAACAGCGUUGGUAGUGUGUGGAUCAAGUGGAAACAAGGGAAGAAAGUCCGUCCUAAAGUCACCACACUCGAAGUUCUACACAGAGGAACCAGGAUUUUGCGUACAUGAACUUAACGCGGAGGGAUUUACCACCAAAUUUGUAAAUGGAAACACAGGAGAAGUAAUGUAUACAUACGUACAGCCUAAAAAGAAAAGAAAACAAAGACAACAAGGAAACGAACUUAAAUUAAUCAAUAAACUACCGGACGUAAUGUUUCACCCAGUGGGAGACUUAGAUGUGGCAUCAUACUCUGAUGCAUUUACUAAGAUUAUCGGUACUCUGGGACUAUUAAUUUUGGGGUUCCACCUCCUCCUAACAGCAGGAACCACAGUAGCAAAGACAUGA